GAUACAAAGCAUGAUCUUUAGUCGUUUGAACAAAUUUGCAAAAUGAAGUUCCUGCUCGUAUUGUGUUGCGUCUUAUGGGGGGCCCAAAGCUACAAGCUCUUGUUCAUGUGCCCCAUGCCGUCCCCCAGCCACUUUUUCCUCAUUUUUCGCUUGGCUAAAGAAUUCGCCGAUGGGGGGCACCAAGUCACGGUCAUUAGCCCCUUCCCCCAGAAAACUCCAAUUAAGAAUUACCGAGAUAUCCAAAUUUUGGAAGUGAUAGAUUCGUUUGAAGAAAUAAAAAAGAUUUUGUUUAACAUGGCCGAUAAAGGCCCGCUUGAUAAUUUAGAUCUUAUCUAUAGGGCAGGUCUGGGAGCUACAACCCAAAUUCUUGAAAAUAAAAACGUACAAAGUUUGAUCAAUUCUAACGAGACUUUUGAUGCUUUCAUCAUUGAACAGUUCACUUCGGAGGCUUUGCUUGGCAUUGGGCACCGAUUUGGUGCCCCUAUUAUCCUAAUGUCGGGUUUUGGGACAACAAAUUUGCUCAAUCACUUUGUUGCAAAUCCUGCGCCUUCGUCCUACGUCUGGAACGUCGUAAUGAAGCCGUCAACAACAUAUAAAAAUUUCUGGGACAGGAUGCAUAAUUUUCUCUUAAGCAAUUACAUCGAUUUCCAGAGAGAGCAGUACUUCAUGCCUGAACACAGGAAACUUUUCAAAAAAUACUUCAAUUCAGACGUAGAAUUGGACGAUAUUGUGUAUAACGUCAGUUUGAUUUUGGGAAACUCACACGUUAGUUUAUACAAGGCUGUGCCUCAAGUGCCCAAUAUUAUCAACAUUGGGGGAUUUCAUGUCGGUCCACUGAAAGAACUACCAACCGAUUUGCAAAAUUUUCUAGACGAUGCGAAAAACGGAGUGAUUCUGUUCGCUUUAGGCACCAAUUUAAAAAGCUCGGAUUUGAAACCGGAAAUAAGGGACGCAUUUUUGAACGCCUUCUCCAAGAUCAAGCAAAAGGUCUUGUGGAAAUUCGAGAAACAGUUGGACAAUCUUCCGGAAAAUGUUAAAAUUAUGGAGUGGUUGCCACAGCAGGAAGUCCUAGCGCACCCAAACGUUAGGGCUUUUAUAACCCACGGUGGGAUGUUAAGUGUCGUCGAAACUGUCUAUUUUGGGGUCCCUAUGAUAGGAAUUCCGAUUUUUGGUGACCAGAAAAGCAACAUAGCUACGGUGGCAAAGCGCGGUUACUGUAUCAAUUUGCCGUUUACCGAGCUUACGGAAGAAAAGUUGUCCAAAGCUUUGAAUGAAAUUUUAAACAACCCGAAGUAUCGGAAAAAUGCCCAAAAAUUAUCCCAAAUUAUGCACGAUAGGCCUGUAAAAGCACUCGAUGAGGCCGUUUUUUGGAUCGAACAUGUGAUCAGACAUGGUGGGGCCCCACAUCUUAGGACCGACGCUCUUAAUUUAAAGUGGUACCAAAGGGAAAUGAUCGAUAUUAUCGGGUUUUUGCUCGGAGUUGUGUUGCUCUUCCUUGGAUCAAUUUUAUUUAUUUUAAAAACGAUGUUGGGGUGGAUGUUCUGUGGAAGGUCGCCAGUUAAACAAAAACUAAAUUAAUUUGAGAUCUCAUGAAUGUAGAAUGUUUUAAAUAAAUAAUAAUAAUCUUG